AUGCCACUUCCCGUAGAGACCACCAAUGUCCUGCGACAUCCUGAAGGCCCAGACACUACUCUUCAGGUCGGCGAAGGCACAUACAUUUUGCGAGACGAGAUACAUCUAGCUACCCCUCCUCCGCAUCCAGCAGAGGUUACAGCUCCGACCUCCAACCCUCUUGUCACGAUACCAAUAGCCCCUACAGCAGGCGUAAAGUUGUCACUCGUCACGCUGAACUCUCACGGUGCCGCUCCACAGUUGUACCACUUAAACAAUAACAACAACACUACGUCCCCUGGUCGUAAGACCUACAGCAUUCGAGAAAGUGAUCAGGAGGGACGAGCAUCAACCGAUUUUGGGAGUGAUGUUGCCGGACGCCUGUCUACGGAAGGGAGCAAUAAUUCCACACCGGCAUUUGGGGAGGGCAAUGUCGCUCUACUUGCAGCUAACGGGAAGGAGGCGGUGAAGCGGAGGAAACCCAAAAACAAUAUCGUCAAGAGCAAUUCCUCUUUUGUCUCACGUGUCAUACCACAUGAUGCAUUAACAAAACGGUUGAAUGAGCGAAACCCGAGCGGUUUGUAUGCAUUCGCCAACAUCAACCGAGCUUUUGAAUGGCUCGAUCUAUCCUCGGAUCUGAAGGCAGAGCCUUUGGCAAAGAUACUCUUCACAAAAGCGCACAUGCUAUGUCACGAUGUCAACACACGCACCAGAGAUUCUGCCCAUAUUGAUGUUGUCUUGGGCUCGUCCGCAGGAGACAUCUUAUGGUAUGAACCAAUGUCACAAAAGUAUGCCCGGAUCAACAAGAAUGGUGUUAUCAACAGUUGCGGUGUGUCGCAUGUCAAAUGGAUUCCAAGCUCCGAGAGCCUGUUCCUUGCCUCGCACAUCGACGGAACCCUCGUGGUAUAUGACAAGGAAAAAGAAGAUGCACCUUUUUUCGCCGACGAGGUGAUGCAGGAAGAGAACAACGUUUUCAUCAACGAGGACAACACUGUACUGAAUGUCAUCAAGAGCGUCAACUCCAAAAAUCAGAAGACGAAUCCUGUGGCAUGCUGGAGUGUGUCUGGUCACCGAAUCAAUCAGUUCGAGUUCAGCCCAGAUUGCAGGCAUCUUGCAGUGGUUUCAGAGGACGGAUGCUUGAGAGUCAUCGACUAUCUAAAGGAAAGGUUGAUCGAUAUCUAUCCGUCAUACUAUGGUGGCUUCAUCUGUGUGUGCUGGUCUCCAGAUGGCAAGUACAUUUUGACUGGAGGACAAGACGAUCUAGUGUCCAUCUGGUCGCUGAACGAGCGACAGAUUGUCGCACGAUGUCAAGGACACCAUUCUUGGGUCACAGCAGUUGCAUUUGACCCUUGGCGUUGCGAUGAGAAAAAUUACCGAUUCGGAAGCGUUGGGGAUGAUUGCAAACUAUUGCUGUGGGAUUUCAGCGUUGGCAUGCUGCAUCGGCCCAAGGCGACGCAUAUCGCAAGGCAACGAGGCAGCAUAUCGGCUCAAUCAAUAUCGCUCCAGAGACAGAGAACGGGCAGCGUCGUCACCCUCCCACGACUCCGAUCCGACUCAAACCGGCUAUUCUAUGGGGACCCGGCAAGUGACGAGGUCCUGUACCACCCGGUUGAGCCUCGCGCAAGGACCGCGCAGCUCCCUCCUGUCAUGAGCAAGACGAUUGACGACCACCCGCUCUGUUGGCUGGGAUUCGAGAAAGACUGCAUCAUCACUUCAUGUCAAGAAGGGCACAUUCGCACGUGGGAUCGACCGAGAGAAGGCGUCAAUGGCAGUCAGAUUACGCUUUCGGGAAUCAAAGCAUCUUAG